AUGCAUCUGGCCAGCGUGUUUGCCGGUAUUGGCUUUGGGAAUGCCGGCGUGCACCUGUGUCACGGCAUGUCUUACCCCAUCGCUGGGAACGUGAAGACUCAUCGUGCUCAAGGAUACAGCGUGGACCACCCCCUAGUGCCUCACGGCCUAUCCGUCGUCCUCACGUCUCCUGCAGUGUUCACGUUCACCUCCACAGUGUGCCCAGAGCGCCACCUGCAGGCAGCUCAGAUACUGGGUGCAGACGUCAGCUCAGUGAAGCUUGCGGACUCUGGUCUGGUUCUCGCGGAUACCCUAAGGUCCCUGCUGUGGGACCUACAGGUGGAGGACGGGCUCCAGGCACUCGGGUACCAAUCUGAAGACGUGCCCGCCCUGGUUCAGGGGACCAUCCCACAGGAGCGUGUGACAAAGCUCUCUCCCAGAAGCCACACCCACGACGAUCUGGAGGAGCUGUUCCAACAAUCCUUGAAGCUGUACUGA